CAAGCUGCAUCUCAAACAAGCCUAUUAUUUCUCGAAUCGUUCUCGCGGUACUUUGACGUCAUCCGGCUGUCGGUUCUUGCAGCGCCAGGUGAAGUCGAACAAGCCUUUUGCCUGCAGUUGUGCAGCUACCUACCCCUGUCAGCCCCGGUCGCCUAGUAACCGCUGUAAACACAGGAAAUACCAUUUGGAUGAAUGCAGUGUCUUCGAUUAAACAUAUGGAGCCUAGCAGGUGAUUUGGAUAGUCAAACAUAAAAGUAUCAUAAAUAUAUUUUUAUAAUGGUGAAACAAACGAUUCAAAUCUUCGCCCGCGUAAAACCGACAAAGAAACCCAAUGCGGUGUACUCUGUGGACUGUGGGGAACAGGGUAGCAGUUUGGAUUUUGUUGUUCCCAGAGACUUGGCUGAUGGUUUUGUCAACAACAACAAGGAGAACUACAAAUUCAGGUUCCAAAGGGUUUUCGACCAAACAGUCAAUCAAGAAGAAAUCUUUGAAGCUGUUGCGAAGCCUGUUGCUGAUAAUGUGCUGGCAGGUUACAAUGGCACCAUCUUCGCCUAUGGCCAAACAGGAAGUGGAAAAACCUUUACUAUCACAGGAGGUGCAGAACGCUACAGUGAUCGAGGAAUCAUCCCUAGAACGCUCUCUUACCUGUAUCAGCAUUUCAGCAAGGACAGCACUAUAAUCUAUACGACCCACAUAUCUUACCUGGAAAUCUACAAUGAAGCUGGCUACGAUCUACUGAAUCCCCAACAUGAAGCAUCUCGUCUGGAGGACUUACCGAAGGUGACCAUCAUGGAAGACUCAGACCAGAACAUUCACCUUAAGAACCUGUCAUUGCAACAAGCGGCAAAUGAAGAGCAAGCUUUGGAUUUGCUUUUUUUAGGAGACACUAAUCGUAUAAUUGCAGAGACUCCCAUGAACCAGGCUUCCACACGUUCUCACUGCAUCUUUACCAUUCACCUGUGCAGCAAGAAGCCCGGUUCAGCCACAGUGCGAUGCUCCAAGCUUCAUUUGGUAGAUCUAGCUGGAUCGGAAAGAGUAGGAAAGACAGGUGUGGGGGGUCAAAUUCUAACGGAAGCCAAAUACAUCAACCUGUCGUUGCACUUUCUGGAGCAGGUCAUCAUAGCUUUGUCAGAGAAGAAUCGAUCCCACAUCCCCUACCGAAACUCCAUGAUGACCUCUGUGCUUAGGGACAGUUUGGGUGGCAACUGUAUGACCACUAUGAUAGCAACUGUGUCUGUGGAGAGGAUGAACAUUGAUGAGUCUAUUUCCACUUGUCGUUUUGCUCAAAGAGUGGCUUUAAUUAAAAAUGAUGCUUUGCUCAAUGAAGAACUAGAUUCCGCUCUUUUAAUAAUUCAUUUGAAAAAGGAGAUCCAGUCUUUAAAGGAAGAGCUUGCUCUGGUUUCUGGAGAGCAACGGAGUGAUGAGCUAACUCCAGAGGAAAUCCAGAACCUGGAGCAGAGUGUUAAGAUGUUCCUGGAAGACCCUGACUCUGAGGCAACAUUAAACCUAGGACCUGAUAUGAGGAAAAUUCACUUCUGUUUUUCUUUGCUAAAGGCAAGAUUGCAAGAUAGACCAGUUGCUCACAAUUGGGCAGAAGAUGGCAGCACUUCUCCUUUAAAGGACUUGUCUGACGGAGACAACUUUAAAACCAAUGCAGAAGGCAAGAAACUAGAAGACAUGUUGAUCCAACGUGAUAAUGAGAUCAGUAUAUUAGUGAGCAUGCUUAAGAGGGAAAAGAGGAAAGUUCAAGAGGUUACAACCGAGCUUAAACAGUUUCACAAUCAAAAUCUUUCACACCACAAUUCAUUGUGGUUACCCACAACCCUGCAGGCUGAGGACAGUACUAAAAGUGACACCCCUAAGGAUUACACUCAAGUUCAACAUUUGGUAACCAGAAAAAGAGUGCCAGAGAUGUCUGUUGGUCAACUAGAGGCAUUUGAAAUCUUUUUGAGAGACCAUGAAGAUCAUUUAACAAUUGAAGACAAGAAGACCAUACUAAAAGAGAGGUUUGCUGAAGCCAAGUCACUGGGAGAACAUGUUAAUCAGAUCAGGAGACAAGUCGAUGAGUUAAAAUUGCAGCUGAGAAUGAGACGGAUGCAAGUGGCAGCCCAAGGCUUAACCGGGAACCAAACAGAAUCAGAUUCAGACCAAGUGGAGGAGAGAAUCCUUAACCAGAUAGAGGAGGAAAAGAAAAAUUAUAAGAUCACAUCUGGACGCCUAAAAGGACUAAAGACUGAGAUUGAUCAUCUACAGAUGUUACUUGAGAAGUCAAAAAUGAAGCUUCAACGGGAUUUUGAGCAUUGGUGGACCCAGGAGACCAUGAGGCUGCAGGCUCACAGAGCAGAGUUCACAGAAACCAAUCAAAGUCACACCAGCUGCAUGUUAACCUGGAACAUUGUGCCACCUUAUCCUCCCACUGAAACCAACGCUCCCAAUCCUGUGACCACCACAGAAUUUAGACCAUUACCUUCAGUUGACCUCACAUCUACCCCUAUUCCUCUAACUGGAGACAAUCAGACUGAUGCAGAUAUACUGGCCUUCGUCAAAGCCAGAUACAACCUGCUCAACGCUACAGGAAUGGAGAAAUAAGCAUGCUUACAACACUGGGAGGAGGAACAAACAUUAACACACAAAUUUCUACAUAAUGUUUGUCCAAAUUUAAGUGACAUAUACAGUAUAUUAAAAGCCUUCAGGUCACAAGCUCAGUGG